CGUUUCUGUUCCCCCUUCCAAGAGGGGCAAGAGGUCUAUGGUUGAAAACAAACUCGGACAAUGCGGAUUUAGGUCGAUCCGAUUAUAAAUUGAAUUAUUUUCAUAUGAACCGCGCGCGAUCGAAAAUGAAUCUGGAAUGUCUGAGUUGGGUUUUUACUCAUUCCUAGUCGUGUAGAUUAUAUAGAAUAAACAAGAAGUGGAAAUUGUCAGGUGCACGCAGUUCUCUGGCGGUCUGGAAACAAUCAACCUGGAGCAGAACAAGGACAGUAUUGAUCCAGCGGGUCGAGUGAAUGAGGCAAAACCGAAUUAAAUUGAAUCUGAAUCCAUGACAUUGAACAAUAAAGAAGUCUUUUGCUGACAGCCUGUGUGAAUUCGUAGCUACUGAUCCGACCACAUUUAACAUCUUUUGGCAGACGAGAUGGCCUAUGUCUCGCUGAAGUCUUCGCGUAACGAAUGGAAUAAUGAGCACUCGCAGACGACGCGUACGACGCUUUCGCAAACUGUUCUUAUUGACAAUAUUUGCAGAUUAUAGACAAUCGGGUGUCGUGCUCCCGCAUGCAGCAUAAUACUCCUUGACAGGCCGUUUUCGUUCCCAUCGCGGAUACAGUUGUUGCACCCAAAGCUUUCUUCUCUACCAAUAUGCUUACCACACUGAGAAGUUUGUGUCGGAAGAAUCUUCAGCCUACGGCAACCCGCUUUAUUGUUUGCUCCGCGAGAAACCGCCAUCACGUUUGGCCGUACAAGAGAUUCCCCCCCGUUCAAGAUAAAGUUGAUCGUAGAAAGAUACAGUACCUGAAAUUGCAAAAGUGUGAUUUUCGCACGACGCAAAACUUGCACGUUCCACCGUUAGUGGCUAUGCUCAUGCGCCCCGUCUUACGUAUUGGCGCCCUAUUGCUGGGACGCGGUAUAAAGAAGUGGUGGACCCGCAAGUCCGCGAAAGAGAAAGAGGAAUAUAAGUGGUGGUUUAAGGAGAGGAGAAAUAUGUUUCUAGGUUGCUUCGGACUGUACGGCCUUAUACUGGCUAUUUACUACAUAACUCAUCUUGAGACCAAUCCGUUGACGCAACGCUCGAGAUUUAUAAUCUUUAACCAGGAGCAGGAGAAAAAAUUGGGGCAAAUGAUCCUCGAAGCUCAUUUAGAGGCUCACAAAACAGAUUUGGUGCCGCACUCGCAUCCAGCUUACAUGAGACUCAUGAGGGUGAUUGCAAAAAUUUUCGCAGCUAAUAAAGACUUAAAAUCGAUGAGAGACACGGAGUGGACUUUGACUGUUAUUAAUACACCGCUAACAAACUCGUAUAUCUUGCCGGGUGGAAAUAUCUUUGUAUCCUUGGACAUCAUAAAAAUCAUCGAAAAUGACGAUCAAUUAGGUAUUAUUUUGGCCCAUGAAAUGGCUCAUUCGUUGCUGUUACAUUCCCUUGAGGCAUUAUCGGGUCAAUUAUUGUGGGACUUUCUGAUAGUAAUACCCAUAUUAUUAGUCUGGGCAUUAUUUCCCGAUUUAACGGCUGGUAUAAUUCAAAUAAUAGGAGAACGAAUUGUGAAUAUCGUAUAUAACCUUCCGUACAGCAGAGUUUUGGAGAAUGAAGCGGACGAAGUAGGACUUAAGCUGGCUGCAAAAGCUUGUAUUGAUAUUCGUGAAGCUGUUGUAUUUUGGGCUACGAUGAGGACGCUUACAGAAAUGCAUACACUGCCACCAGAACUAUCAUGGAUAUCGACGCAUCCUGCUCACGGUGACAGAGAGAAGAAUUUGAACGAAGAAAUGACAAAAGCGCUAGAACUGCGAAGAAAUUCAGGGUGUUCGGUAUUGCCUGCGCUGGAUCCAAGAGACAAGUUUUACAAACGAACGGCAAAAGAACAGGAGAUUUAUUUUAAACAGAGAGGGAUAAUUUAAAAUAAGAAAUAGAAAACCAAUGAUUUUGUUAUUGUGCCUAAGGAAUGCGGUUUUUCUUCGAAACCAAUCUGUUUAUAGUUGAAACAAGCAAGUGUUUUAAUCUCAAAGGAUAUACAUCGUAGCUUUUAUAAAUAAAUUGACAUAGGUUUUAUAAAUCAAACCAUAAUUUAACGAUUGUACAGCUUCUUCUGCACGUACUGAAUAAGAUAUAAUUGUAUAAAAAUAUUUUUUGCAUAAGUGUUGAAAAAAUUUUUGUAAAUUCUGCUAAAUUUGUCAAGUGCCGGCAGUGAUAGAAUAUGAUAGCAGAUAGACUGCAAAAACAGAGCAGAAUCAUCUCGUAACCAUCUAAAAACUACGAAAUGACAAAUUCUGCACUAUUUCCGCUGUCAAACUAUGUAACUAUGUAAGUAUGUCAAAGUCUGCUUCAUUUCGGCUAUCUUUCAUUGUAUUUUGUUAACACACUUUGCCAUUCGGCAUUGCGCACAUCUGACAUAGCUAGCAUUCUUUAUUUGUAAUUUCUCUGCCGACAAAAAUUGUGUGUAGUUGUUGCGAAAUUAUACUAUACUCUAUGCGCGAAUCUUCGACACCCUGUAUGUUGUAUACUUUAGAUACAUAUACUGACUUUAGUUUCAUGUAUCAAAUGAACAUGUAAAUAAUGUAUAUUAUCCUGUUGUCUUGACCUAUUAAAUUUGUUGACAAGCCUCGUUCUGAAGGAAAGUAA